AUGAAGGCCCAAACCAUUCUUAUCACUCUCUUCGCGGCGGUAGCUCUCGCCGCACCAGCUGACGAGCCAACCAGAGUCGUCCGAAACCCAACCAAGGUCCAGCACAAGCGCUACUAUGGCGAGCAAUUCUGCGAUUGCGUCGAUGAUUGCACCAAUGCAAACGCUGGCAGCGGAGGGGAAGGAGGUGUUGGACUUGGCGCUUGUAUGGACGGCUGCUAUGAUUUCCCCACUCCUACCGCUGGUACAUGCAGCGAGCUGGGAGGAUAA